GCCGCUCGGGACCCGCACGGGGCUCCACGCGCCCCGGAAGGCUAACCCCUCCCUCUGCGUCCCACAGCGGGCCGCGGCGAUUGGCCGCCCGCUCCCUCCCUGCCUGCACCCCUCCCUUCCCCCCUCCCCCGCCACCCGCGCGCCCGCGGUCCCCGCUGUCCCCCGCGGUUCCGGCGAGGCCGCGCCGCGCUGCGCUCCGCUCCCAUUGGCUGCGCGCGCCUUUGUGUGGCGGCAGCUGCGGCCCCAGCGCCUUUGAAUGUCGAGAGGGGCCGGGAAGGGAGCCUUUCCAUGGGCCAUCUGUCUCCCCGCCAGCCGCCGCCCCGCCGCCGCCCGCGCCCCGCGCUCCGCCUCCCGCCCCGGCGGCUCCCGCAGCCCCGCCGCCGCCCGCGCCCGCGCCCCGGAGCCGCGCCACAAAGGGCCCGCGCGCAACCGCCGCCGCCGCCGCCGCGCGAGGAGCCAGGAUGGUCCUGGUCCACGUCGGCUAUCUCGUGCUUCCAGUGUUUGGCUCUGUGCGAAACAGAGGUGCCCCCUUUCAAAGGUCUCAGCAUCCUCACGCUACCUCCUGCCGCCACUUCCACCUGGGGCCCCCGCAGCCGCAGCCGCUCACCGCCGACUUCCCGCUGGCCCACCCCGUGCAGCCGCAGCCGGGCCUCAGCGCCCACAUGGCCCCGGCCCACCAGCACAGCGGCGCCCUGCACCAGUCGCUGACCCCGCUGCCCACCCUGCAGUUCCAGGACGUCACAGGUCCCUCCUUCCUACCUCAGGCCCUGCACCAGCAAUACCUCCUGCAGCAGCAGCUCCUGGAAGCCCAGCACCGCAGGCUCGUCUCGCACCCCAGGCGGAGUCAGGAGCGCGUGUCUGUCCACCCCCACCGCCUCCACCCCAGCUUCGACUUCAGCCACCAACUGCAGACGCCUCAGCCCAGGUAUCUGGCUGAAGGCACUGACUGGGAUCUCAGUGUGGACGCCGGCUUGAGUCCUGCUCAGUUCCAGGUGCGGCCCAUCCCUCAGCACUAUCAGCAUUACCUGGCAACUCCUCGAAUGCACCACUUCCCCAGAAACUCCUCCUCCACGCAGAUGGUCGUCCAUGAAAUUCGAAACUACCCUUACCCUCAGCUUCACUUCCUUGCUCUCCAGGGACUAAAUCCCAGCAGACACACCUCUGCCGUGCGGGAGAGCUACGAGGAGCUACUUCAGCUCGAGGACAGGUUGGGAAACGUGACUCGGGGAGCUGUACAGAACACCAUUGAGAGGUUCACCUUCCCCCACAAGUACAAGAAGCGAAGACCCCAGGACGGCAAGGGCAAGAAGGACGAGGGGGAGGAGUCGGACACCGAUGAGAAAUGCACAAUUUGUCUGUCUAUGCUGGAGGAUGGAGAAGAUGUGCGACGUCUGCCCUGCAUGCAUCUCUUCCAUCAGCUGUGCGUGGACCAGUGGCUCGCCAUGAGCAAGAAAUGCCCCAUCUGCCGAGUGGACAUUGAGACACAACUGGGAGCCGACAGCUGAGGGAGGAAUUAGCCAGUGGACACCCUGUUUCCUUCACCAGGCCCCCCCACGGCCAUAGCCCUUGCAGCCAAACUUUGCCUUCUGAGCCAUUUGACGUAGAGGAAAAACCUGCAAGCACAUUUUGUGGACCGAGGAGUUGGUGGUAUCCGUGUUUGAGGGAAAGCAGGGGGUGGGGAGGACUCCCCUUCCUCCCCCCUCCCCUCCCCCCGCCAUCCAGAAGGGCACCGGCCUCCAUCCUCCUAGCUGCGUGGGAGGGAGGGAGCUGGCCGUGCCCAGAGCCGGGGUGGGAAGGGGGCACCCAGGCUGCUGGGAACCUAGCUGUGAGCCCGGAGGUCCUAGCUGACAGAGCGGCCCCUCGAUCCCCUCCUCCGUGGGACUGUGUAUAUACCUCUGGACCACGUAGAAAUCACGUAGGGGUCUCUAGCUAUUUCUGUGGGUGACAGCCGGAGCAUGUUAGCUUAAGAAAUGUCGUGUGUGGUGCUCUCGUCAUCUUGUGGUGGACAAUGUCGCUAUUCCGAAUCCGCACCAAAUAUUUCUCAUGGAGUUUCUUGUUUUGGUGCCUGACUGAACCAACCAACGACAGCCCCAAUCUUCCUGUCUUUAUGAGAGGAGAGGAAAAAGCAAUCCAAGGUGAAAAAAAAAAAAAAAGCCAAAUCCUGUUUACCGUGAAAAGGGAUUUUUUUUUUCACCCAGGUUGGGAGGUAGGGGGAGAGGGGAGGGUCUCAUUUUGUUGUUAUUUUUGUUUUUUUUUUUCCUUGGCUUGUGUUUUUCUCAUGUUUACAGUGCACGGAAGGGAAUGGGGUGGACUGCCUGGAAGAGGAGCGGGCGGGGGCUUAGGGAGCCUCAGAGGGGUUCAGCGAGGGGAGGAGGUAGAGCCGGAGCAGGUGAGGGGCUCACGGUGACUGCGGGGGCUGCCCGUCCCAGGGCUCAUCUUUCCGGGCCCGGCUGCCCCCUUGUUCUGCACGGAACCUGGGAGUGCACAGCUCCCAGCUGUAGCAGCACCUCCGCUUCUGCAGCCAGAGCCCAUGCUCACGCCGACUCCUUCCUUUAGCCGGGCUCUUGCCCUGUCACAAAGAGGCAAUGUAGCCACUGCCUCCCUAUGCAAAAAACUAGCCAGAGACACAGCGAGAUGGCAUAGGUGAUGGACAACUGGUCUUGGCCAAAGUGCACUUGGCUAGCGCUCAGGGCCGAGGUCAAGCGCCAUGGACCUUGAGGGGGAACCGGAGCUACCCCCGAGAUGUCCUGAUCCCGUCCCUCGGAGAUGACCAUGCUGGCUGAGUCGGGGAGCCCCGUGUCCCUGGCCUCUUGUUCCUUCUCCGAUUCUUCAAUAACCUUGGGCCAGUUCCUUUCUUCCUCUGUGCCUCAGCUUCCUUCUCCUUCGAGUGGGGAGAAACACCAGUGCACCCCCCUUUUCUGCUCCCGCUACCUCACCUAGGCCUUGUGAGGAUUCCUGCUCUCUGCCCAGCACACCUGUGCUUAGUCCUGGGAACCCCCCAGAGUAUAGGAACGGGCGAAGUUCCCAGGGACAAUAUACAGUGUGUCUCAGCACCGCCACCUCCGCAACGAUUUUUCUGAACCCCAAAGAGAGCAGAGAGAUGGGAUGAUGGAAGACUGGGGAGGGAAAACCCACCAGAUUCCCACUCAAACACCACUUUCUUCAUCCACACGUGGAGAACACCAGGCCAGAGGGAAUUCUGGGAUCUUCCUGUGCCCAUCACCCGCCUCCUCCUCUCCCCUGGCUUGCACUGCCUUCAAGGUCUUCCGCUGCCCUCAACCCCUAGCCCAGUCUCAAAGCCCUUCUAUCGGUAAGACUGGGGAUACUUAGCACGUAUAGGAAGACAUUCUUGUGCUAAAGGAAGUUUCAGUUGUAUCACUGCUACCAGGAUCCAAGGGUACCAAAUGACAGGGAGCUCAUUUAGGGUUGAGACAGAGCCUUGUCACACGGCUGGCGCAGCACACAUCUGCAGGCACAGGUGGUGGGCUCUCGACAGGAGGCUACGCUGAACAGCAUUCAGAGGGACGUCUCUCCAGCACCAGUAUCCUGGUGUUUCAUAAAAUCUUUAUUGAGUGCCUGCCGGGGCAGGUGCUGGGAAAGACAGCUCGAGGAAGACAAUGUCCCUGCCUCCAGGCAUUUGCAGUCUAGCUGGGGAGACCUGCCGCAUCCAGGGGUGCAAAAACGUGAACAAUCUCAGAGUCAGGGCUGGGACCAGCAAGCAUUACCUUGUCCGAUUCAGUGACGGUAGCGUGUGAACGCUGUCCCCAGGGCUGCAGGCAGAGAGCAGAGGGCAGCUGAGCCAGGGUUUCGGGGGAAGCUAGUUGCUAACAGACACAGGAAGUUGGGAAUUCUCCUUCAUCCUCCCCAGUGGCUGGGUCAAGACCAGGACCUCAGAAGAUGACACUGGCCUCAAGGAAGCUGGGAUGGUGUGGGGAGGUCACACCACCUUAGCCCAGCCUGCUUGCUUCCGAGGCUGGUCUGAAACACUGCCCAGCAGAGGAAGGCAGGAAGGAGACAGGGAUGGAACCAGAGCUGGUGUCCUAGGUUCUAGCCUUGGCUCUUUACUGACAGCGAGGGCAAGGCUAGGACCCGACCACUCCCCUUGUCUCUCUGGGCCUGUUUCCUCAGCCGUGACACAAGGAGGUUGGACUGGCUGCUUGCUAAACUUCCUUCCAACACCCACACUCUGGGUUCUCCUGACACCCACGCAUCUUCUUUCAAGUCAGUAGAGCUGUGUGCCAACGAGGCUGUGCAAAAGGACUUUCUUGGGCACAGACACCUGUGCCAGAGGCCAAGGGCACCAUGUGAGUGAGAAAGUGGGACCGGGUCUCCUCCUCCCUCCCAAUUUUCUGCAGGCUCCCUGGGCACCCAGGCUAACAUUAGGGACUGGGCGGGGGAUAAGCAGAUCCUGAGGCCCUCUCCCAUGCCCUACUCUCUGGGGCCCUUGUACCCUGCAGGCAGGGACUGGAGGGGAUGUGGGCUCAGAGUCUCCCCUGCCCCUUCCCUCGGCCAUGCAGCCCUUUGGGUGGGAAGAGAGGAGCAAGCUCGGGCUCUGCUCCCUCAAGGCGCACCCCCCACCCCCAUUGGUCUGGGAGCUCCAGGGCGUGGAGAAGAGGCAGGAUCCGGCCUCAGCAUCUCACAUCCACCACUGCAGGAGGGGACACCACCCAUACUCCUCCUUCUGCUCAACUCAAGGGACUCAGACCCCUUCUUGACUGGGACGCAUGAGUGCCUUCUGGGGCGAGAGCGGCCCCAGGGUUCAAGUUGGGCCUCCUAACAGCAGCCAUGGCUGCAGCGGGUCCACCGUGGACGCCAAUCAAUCAACCCAACGCGGUGAGCCUGGCUGGAGGCAGACAGAGCGUGGGCGGGGCCGCGGGCUCCCCCUCCUGGCCAGGACCCCCAGUGGCGCCCUGUCACCCCUGCCCAGGGUGGCAUAACUCCAGCUCCUCUUCUGCAAAUGUUCCCGGCCUCCGUGCAAGUAUUCUUAACUCUACGCCUAAUGAACAAGCACAGUUUUUUCAAUGGUGAAAAAAAAAGCACCAGACUUUUUUUUUUUUUCCUGAAAAAAAAUCCCCCAAGCCCCCGCCUGCUGGCGGGACAAACACUCCCCGCGUGGGGCUGUAGCAACGUCUGUCAGGUCCCCUCGUGUUUCAUCUCCUGCGCGCGUAGAGCAAAUGCUAGAGCGAUUUCAGCUGAUAGAAAAACAAAAAUGAAAAAAAAAAACACAAAAAACAAAAAACAUGGCACGUUGCUAGUUUACAGGGUUUUGUGAGUUUAAAUGCCUUAUAUUUAACAAUCAUAAUUUAUGACUAACUUGUAGAUAUCGUGGGUUCUUAUUUAAUUAUUUUUAUAGUUGUUUUGCAUUUUUAAUUAUAAUUUAUUUAUUUAGAAAGGAUACUAAUUUUUUUUAUUACUCCUAUUACCUCAUUUUGGCGUUGUUUCUGGGAGUGGAAUGCUUUGCAUGCAAUGGUACGAUGACAAACAACUAUGAAUACAAAAAAAUUUAAAUAAAAUUCCACGAACUUUAUUUCGUCCGAACUAUCAGGGUGUGUGAUUGCAAGCUGUCCUACUGUGGUGCUGGCCUCUUUGGAUACAUUCCAUACGAAAUGCAAACCUUUGAUUCUGUACGCUGUGACCUAGUAAAAAACUCCAAUAUAGUGACUGUAUUUAGCACAUAUAUGAAUAUGAUUUGCACUCGUCAGCAGACUGGGGUAAUCCUUUCACUUGCUACCCUUGGCACUCCUCCCCCUUGUGAACCUGCUCCCCCCUCCCCUCGCCCUUCCACCACCUCUGCCCACCCAGCCUCUCUCCCCGGGAUGCACUAGCGGUCAUUACUUGCACCCAGCUUCCGCCCUUCUCUGGUUCUGGAACGAGAACCCAGCAGGAGGACCUGGAAAGCAGAGAGCCUGAGUUAUUAGCAUGAGCUCUGGACUGGGGAAGCUAAGUAGGUUCUAUUGCUGACUUCCCUGUGACCUUGAACCAGGCGCUUGGCCUUCUUGGGCCCCAGUUUUCCAGGUGGGGAGGAGGAAGGUGGGCUGUGCUGAGCCAAUCUCAGAGAGAAGAGAGGGAGAAAGAAUGAGAGAAGCAGGCUGAGAAUUUAUCCAGCGGAUGCGCUUAGCGCAGACAUGAGGAAGGAUUUUUGUCCCUUUAAAUGCAGAUUCCUGCAGGUGACAGGGAGGCCCUGGAUAUGAGAUUCGGCCUUUCACAAGCUUGGGGUGGUCCCCAGACAACCGAGCUGAAGCCCGUGGGGACGGGGUAGGCAGAAGCCCCAGCUGUGGUGUCUGGGAUUGGCCCCUGCCCCCUGAAUCUCCUAGAACCUUUGUUGUUGGGUCUGCCGAUGACAGGACACGGUGGUAGGAGCCUUGGUCUCUCCUGCCCACCAUCGCCUUCCCCGCUGCCUCUGCUCUGUGGAGGACAGAGGGCUCCGGACUCACUGCCCCUGCGAUGCAGGGAUGCAGAAGCCUGCGAACGGGGGCAUCAAAGUCUGGCACAGUAAUGAGCCCCAGUGCCUUUGAGCCAGGAGGAGAGGGAGAAGCCGUGGACUGGGUGGUGACCCUGCAGCUGCCUCCCCGCCCUCUCCUUCCUUCUUCCCUUCCUUUCGACUUUCGAGCUCAGAACUCUCAUCCUCUCCUUUUUUUUUUUUUUUUUUUUUUUUUUUUGCUUUUCGACAUCCCUGCCUUUGCCUGCUGGGGAAACCCACCCCCAUGGGAGGCUCUUUGGGAAUGGUGCUGAUGUGAGGAAGAGGAGACCUAGGCUCCCCAUGCUGCUCCAUUGGGCUCGCAUGGCUGGCGGGGCCAGAGGUCUGCUCCAGCCUGGCCAUCGCGGCCCUGCCGUGGGCUUCCUGCCUACUGCCUACCCAGCUGCCCCUGCUGCCUCCACACUGGAGCCUUGCUUUCCCUGCAGACAGCCCGUCCCACUGCCCAAUGGCAAGGCUCCUGGAUGGGCAUGCCUUACGCUGCUCUGAGCGGGAAGGGGCCCUGUGCCCUCGCUGGCCCGUGCCCCUCCUGUCCCCAAGCCUUCCUCCCCCACCUGCCCCUGUAUCCCAGCCCCACGGCAGGCCUGGGGUAUGGCUCAUUUCUCAGCUAUGGAGUCAGCUGCACCAGGCCGCUGAGGGGUCAUUGGGUUGCCCCUGGCAAGUGAAAGGAUUAUCCUCAGUGUUGAUUGUCCUUUUUUGUAAUCCUCCUGCUGUUCUGUUCUGUUGUGCUGUGCAACAUUUUGCUACAUAGACUAUUUUAUAGCAGAAAGCUAGAAGAAUAUUUAUUAUGAAUAUUAAAGCAAUAGUGCAUCAAUGAAAAGGCGGAGACAUUAGGAAUUGUGUAAAUGCUUAGAUUCACUUUUGGUGGAUUUUUUGUACUUUAUUUAUAACUAAUAAAAAUGAACUGCAUUGCUAACUACA